AUGGUGCCAGGCCAACCGGCGAUAGACCUCGGCUACAUGCUACAGCCCAAACUAGUCGCCACGAACAGCUUUCGCGACGCGCCGGCCCUCGACGUUCUGCUCGUCCCCGGUGGCAUGGGCGCCGUGACGCUUGAGCAAAACAACGACACCUCCAUCGAGACAUUUUUGCGGCAGCGUUUUGAUCGACUAGACUACCUGCUCAGCGUCUGCACCGGGAGCGCAAUCCUUGCUUCCUCCGGCCUGCUGAAUGGGCACCGCGCGACGACCAACAAGGGCCUCUGGGGUUGGGUUACGACGCACGGCGAGAACGUCACCUGGGUCCCGAGUGCCCGUUGGACGGAGGACGGCAAGAUCUGGACCAGUUCGGGGGUCGCAUCCGGUGAGGACAGAAUCGACAUGAUGUAUGCUUUUUUGAAGCAUCUGUACGGCGAAGAUGACCCUAACCUUGCCACAACCAUGAACGUCAUCGAAUACGCCCCACACACGGACCCAGACUGGGAUCCCUUUUCCAUCGUUCAUAACGUACCGGGACACACGAACGGUAGUCUGGAGAGUUGCGUGAGGCCGGUUGGCACUCCCUCUGCCGCAUAG